GCCAAAAGUUCAGUCACAAUGAAAUUACGUAAUAGCUGGAACAGUAUUGAUUUGAAAUUUUCGUUUUAUUGUGAUUAAGAUAGAUAGACGGAUAAUGAGAGGGUGUUUAAAGGGAAAUAUCCAUACUAUUUAAUAGUAUAUUUAUAGGAAAAAGGUGUUCAACAAUUAUAAAUGCUUUUGAAUAGUCAGGUCUUGAUACAUAACCUAUCAGGCCGGAAAGAAAUAACAAGACAUCCCUUUGUUAAGGCUCAUGACUAAGUCUUAAAAAAUCACCUUGAAUAGUAUUACUGCCUUCUAUCGAUUUUAUUUUCUUGCUAAUUGUUAUAUAGUACUGCUGUUUAAGGUAAAUUCUCACCAAAUGAUAAAAACAAUAUUCAAGAAAAGAUAUGGGUAAAUCAAGAAAGAGAUUACGAGAAUUAACUAAAUCCUUAAAUGAUUUAGCAGCAACUAUCAAACGUAUAACAUUUGGACGUAAAACUAAAAAGACAUUAGAAUCUCGCCAAAGUCGAAAAAUUUCAGGAAAUUCGCAAUUCUAUGUUGAUAAUGUGGAAAACAUAAAUAAAGGAGACAGUGAAAACGGGGGAUUUUAUCAGGUGGACACAAGCGAUAUUUUAACUAUUGGAGGCUUUAGCUUUUCUUUAGACAACACGUUCUCAUGUCACGAAUUUAUUGAACAUUAUGAGGAUAAAUUACCAAUUGUCGCUCUACUGAAUGAAGAGAAGUCGGUUCUAGUUCAGAGUAUAAGAAGGCAGGAAAGGGCUGUAUUUACUGGCCGUAAGACUAUAAGCGUUCCCAUUGAAUGUCAAGAUCCGUAUGAAUUAUAUGUAUAUUCUGCUGAUGGGGAUAAAGAUACAAUGAGUAUAGGACAAUUUGUAAGAAAUUUGUCUGAUAUUGGUGAUGUAAAACUAGAAUUUCGCAGAGACUGUUCAAAAAUUCAGAUUGAAGAAAAUCAUUUUGGAGAAUUAAAUUUUAUAUCUUCUUAUCCACUUGAGUAUAUAGUUAUUACUGAAUUUGAAGCAAAUAACGGAAACCUUGAAUUUUCGAAAAAUAGAAAGAUAUUACCAAGUUAUUUACCUUUAAAAUGGGUACCUGCAUUAAAAUUGGGAAAUGAUGAAAAUGACAAUCCUUUAAGUAUCUGGCAAGAAAUGGAGCAGAGCUUUGCAGAUUUUGGUACCUCGGAUACUCAGUUAAAUAACAAUAUUUUAAUAUUCCUGGACUAUAGUGCAGAUGAAGAGAAUGUUAAUUAUAAUUCUUUGAAAGUCGAAGGUGUUGAAUAUGAAGAUGAGGAAUACUACAUAACCUUUAAAGGAGACAGCGACGAAUCAAGUGAUGUUGAUCAAAAGGUCGACGGAAAUGACGACGCUGACAAUAACGACGACGACGACGACGACGACGACGAUGAUGACGACGACGACGACGAUGAUGAUGAUAAUUGCAAUUAUGUCAUAGCGGGUGAGGAAGGAGCAGAAAGCGAGAAAAAUGUAUCAACGAUAAAUGAGAGAGAUGAUCUUGAUGAUUAUGACUCUUUACCGGACGAUGGAGCCAGUGCCAAAGAUUUUAGAGAUAAUAUUAGCAACAACAGUUCAAAAUGCUCAGAUAAGCCUCCACCUAUUCCGCCUAGGCCGAGAGGGAAAAAUAUUCCUCUUCCUGAGAGACCACUUUCCAAUAAUUCCAGUGAACCAUCUAUUGAUUAUUACGAGGAACUCUGUUCUACAGAUUCAUGGAGUAAAGUGCCCGAAGAUAGGGGCAAACUAUCUAUAAGACAACUAUUGGACUGCUUAUACUUGAUGGGUUUGAGUAAAUAUUCUAAAAAAUUCGAAGAACAGGCCAUGGAUGGAGAAUUAUUAGUUCAAGCUUCAGAUCCAUCUGAUUUUGUUGAACAGUUUGGUAUGUUACGUCUUGAAGCGGCUAAAUUGUAUAAAUUUGCUAUUGAGGGGUGGACACCAAAAUUCGACUGA